AUGGAGUGCACCUUCAAAGACAUGCUCCAACUGAUCAACACGCCGGACAAUGACUUCUCGGGGCUGUUUGACUCACCGUUCGGUGCCCCUGACACCGCUGUGCCCCCAGGGCUCCCUCCCGCUCCAGGCACCCUCGGCACCUACCUGGGGCCCAGCAAGCCUCCCCCUGCCACCCCCACCGGCGGCGUUUACCAGGGGCCCCCCGGGAUGGCAGCCUUUGCCCCGCAGCCCCCAGCCCCGCUCCUGCCGGCGUCGGCCCCGGGUGUCAAGGAGGAAUCAGCGGCUGUGCCCAGCAGCCAGCCCCAGCCCAGUGUGAUGCUGGCCUCCAGCUUCGUCCCCACGUCCCCCGGCCAGUUCAGCCCCCAGCCCUUGGUGGGCUACCAGAACCAGCACAGCUUCUCUGCCGUGCAGCCGGGGGGUGCGGGGCAGGCCCUGCCCAGCCCCCUGCCCACCCCACCGCCAGGCCAGCCCGUGGCACUGCCCGGCCCUGUGCAGAGCGUGGCACCCCAGCAGCUCCUGGCCCCCGCCACCCCUGCCACGCAGCCCAUCUCACCCCAGAUCCAGCCGGUGCCGGUCCUGCUGCAGCCCCAUUUCAUCAAGGCUGACUCCCUGCUGCUGACGGCCGUCAAGACAGAUGCCAGCAGCUCCAACAUCUCCUCCCUGGCCACCAGCGCCAGCGGCUCUGCCACCCCACUGCAGGUGCCGGCGCUGGUGAGCGGAGGGACCAUCCUGGCCACGGUGCCGCUGGUGGUGGAUGCUGAGAAGCUGCCCAUCAACCGGCUGGCACCCAGCGGGAAGCCGGCACUGGUGCAGAGCAGGGGGGAGAAGCGCACGGCACACAACGCCAUUGAGAAACGCUACCGCUCCUCCAUCAAUGACAAGAUCGUGGAGCUCAAGGACCUGGUGGUGGGCACCGAGGCCAAGCUCAACAAGUCGGCGAUCCUGAGAAAGGCGAUUGAGUACAUCCGCUUCCUGCAGCAGAGCAACCAGAAGCUGAAGCAGGAGAACCUUGCCCUGAAGAUGGCUAUGCAGAAGAACCAGUCCCUGAAGGACCUGGUGGCCUCCUGCAGCAGUGGGGCGAAGGCGGAGGCCCCCAUGGAGGUGGUGAAGGCGGAGGUGAUGGAGAUGCUGACGCCGCCGCCCUCGGACGUGGGCUCACCGUCCCACAGCAGCCCGCUCUCGCUCAGCGGGGGCAGCAGCAACAGCAGCAGCGACUCGGAGCCCGACAGCCCCCUCUGCGACCACGGCAAGGUGAAGCAGGAGCACCCGCCACCCUCGCCCAGCAGCCAGGGCAUGCUGGACCGCUCCCGCAUGGCCCUCUGCGCCUUCGUCUUCCUCUGCCUCUCCUUCAACCCUCUGGCCUCCCUCCUCCACGGCUCCGGUGCUCCAGCCCCUGUGGGGAGCCCAGGCACCGCUGGCCCCGGCAGGAGCAUCAUGGCUGAGUCUGGCACCAUGGCCCCCGCCCACGUCCGUCAGAGCGCCCGCGACGCCGCCAUGACCUACCACCGCCUGCACCAGCUCCACCUCGCCGGGAAGCAGGCCGGGGGGCACCUGCUGGCCAUCAACCUGGCGCUGAGCGCCGUCAACCUGGCCGAGUGCGCCGGCGACGCCAUCUCCGUGGCCGCCCUGGCCGAGAUCUACGUGGCGGCUGCCCUGCGGGUCAAGGCCAGCCUACACCGCUGCUUCCACUUCUUGGCUCGCCCCUUCCUCUGCAGCGCCCGGCGCGUGGCCCUGUCCCAUGGCGGGGCCGUGCCCCCUGCCAUGCAGUGGCUCUGCCACCCCUUGGGCCAUCGCUUCUUCGUCGAUGGGGACUGGGCCGUCAAGGGCGUCCCGAGGGAGACCAUCUACAGCUCUGCCGGCAACCCAGUGGACCCGCUGGCACAGGUGACUCAGCUCUUCCGUGAGCACCUCCUGGAGAAGGCGCUGUGCUGCGUGGCCAUGCCCGAGCCCGGCCGCCCCGCUGCCCAGGGAGAGGGGCGCUUCUCUGACGCUCUCGAGUACCUCCAGCUCCUGAAUGGCUGCUCCGAUGCCAGCGGCGUGCCUGGCCCUGCGCCCUCCAUCAGCUCCGGCUUGGCAGCCGUCACAGGCACCGACCCCGUGUCCAAGUGGUGGGCGUCCAUCAUUGGCACAGUUAUUCACUGGCUGCAGGGAGACGAGGAGGGGGCCGAGCGCCUCUACCCGCUGGUGGAGACCAUGCCCCGGGCGCUGCAGAGCUCUGAGAAGCCCCUGCCCCGUGCCGCCCUGCACUCCUUCAGGGCCGUCCGGGCCAUGCUGAGCAAGCAGGACGGGAGCCAGACCAGCCUGAGCCACUGCGAGAAGGCCAGCAGCUGCCUGCGGGAGAGCCUGGAGCUCGGCAGCCCCCCGAAGGGCACCAUCGACAAGGUGGUCCAGCUCCUGCUGUGUGACCUGCUCCUCGUCACCCGCACCAACCUGUGGCAGCAGCAGAUGAGCGUCAGCCAGCAGCGCAGCUGCCUCUACCAGGCGUCCGCCCUCGAGCUCCGCGGCUUCCAGCAGGACCUCAGCAGCCUGCGGCGCCUGGCCCAGACCCUCCGCCCCGCCAUGCGCCGGGUGUUCCUGCACGAAGCCACCGCCAGGCUCAUGGCCCGGGCCAGCCCCACGCGCACCCACCAGCUGCUGGACCGCAGCCUGCGGAGGAGAGGGGUUCAGGGCAGCAAAACAGCCGGCGAGCCGGAGAGCCACCCCACGCCGCGGGAGCACGCCGAGGCCCUGCUGCUGGCCUGCUGCUACCUCCCACCCAGCUUCCUCUCGGGGCCGGGCCAGCGCGUGGGCAUGCUGGCCGAGGCCGCCCGCACCCUGGAGAAGCUGGGUGACAAACGGACGCUGCACGACUGCCAGCAGAUGAUCAUCAAGCUGGGCAGCGGCACCACCGUCACAUCAGGCUAG